UCAACAGCAGCGUCUUACGCCACAGAGUCUGUGGACUCACAGCAGGUCUGGGCAUCUCUUAGUCUUACUCUUAGUCAAAGAGCCCACUGCACUGGCGCUCUCCCGAAUCUCCGGACCGUCCGUUCUCGUGCAUGACGAUGAGAGGUGAGCAGUCUGACCGCAGUACGGAGCAGCAACAAGCGGAAAGAAGAAGAAGACGAAAGGCAAUGGGCGCUCAGCUGAUUCCCGGAGCGACGCACCUGCGUUCCUCAACAGUGGAGAGUUUGUCGACGAACUUCUGUCGGUUCUCCAUCUUCCUCCUGGCCGCAAGCGUCCUCACAAGAGCGCAAACUGUAAUCGGAGGCACGACCCUGGUAUCCAACUGGGAGAACACGCCAGUGGACGACUAUUCUCUCUCGCACUGGACGCAAUGGGGACAGUGGAGUUCAUGUCUGGGCAGCCCAUGUGAGCAAAGCGUACGAAACCGCAAGCGCCUCUGCCAUUCGGAGACCAGUGAAGAAGGUGCAAUGUGUGAAGGGUCAUCCAUAGCUUAUGAGCUCUGCUUAUUCAAUAAGAGAUGCCUUAGGUCAAGAAUCGCGGAGCAGUGUCGGGACCACAACACGGAAACGAUACGCUACUACCCAGCAACAUCUGACGAAUACUCUCACUGCGGCCAGUUGGAAUGUCACGAGGAGCAUCGCGGCGGCAACAGUACAGAGCCGGGUACGUUUAUACGCAUGCUGGAGAUGGUGGUGGACGGAGUGCAGUGCGCACCCGACCGACAGUGUCUCAACGGACAGUGCAAGAGCGCCAACUGCAGUUUUAAUCGCAGCGAGAUCCUGCAUGGCUGCCUGGGAUCCAACAACUCCAACCUGUGCACGGUUCUGUGCGGCCAGACUCAGCCGACUACAGAGCCAGGCCAGAUUGCCCUCAGCAUUCCACAGUGUGCGUCCAAUAUCAUCAUACACGUGGCCAAGCAGGCCAUAGGAAACUUAUUGGUAUGGACUCGUGAUAAUCAUACUGUUGAGCUUGACUUCAGUGGCGAUAGGCAAGUCACGCACACGCUGGCUGGCAUGCCGAUUGUCUUCAGCAAGUCGCAGCGCUCCAUCUCCAGCGCCUUCAGCAUCGGAGAGGCCUACUUUGAUCAGAUAUCCAUCCAGGGUCCGCUGACGGAGAACCUUACUGUUUACGAUGAAUUCGGUGAGCUGGGUCUGCUGCAGUACCACUACACACUGGGCGAUGCCUGCGGCGUCAAGCCACCGCCGCGCAUAGAGGAGGGCAUCCCCGAGGAGGAGAAGAACUUCACCGCCGCGCUGGUGUUCCAGCCGCUCUUCAACCCGCCCACCGAGCACGCACCUCCGGAUGAGCAGGUGCAGCAGCUUCAGGCGGCCAACCAGAACUCACUGGAUCCAAACGACGCGCCGUUCGUCGCCCAGAACGGCGGCCUGGAUCAGCAGCUGUCGUGGAUUCUCCUACCUUUCACGCACUGUUCACGUUCAUGUGGCGGAGGUACCAAGAGAGCUAGUGUGAUCUGUGGCUCAAGGCAGAUGAGGGUGUUCCCAGCCAGCUACUGCUCCAACAGUGCACGGAAGCCCAGCGACAUUGUGGAGCCAUGCAAUCAACAUCGCUGCCCUGCAAGAUGGGUGACUGGAGGUUGGACAUGCUCGUCCAGCUGCAGGAGAAACGGUACGGGAUUCAGAACCCGCACGGUGGCGUGCCGGCAAGUUCUGGAGAACGGCGUCGACUCCGUAGUCAGUCAGAAGUUCUGCACGCAGGUGGAGCCCAACUCAAUCCGACCGUGUCGACCGGACCUUUGCAGAACGCAGUGGGUCAAGGGAAGGUGGAGCAAGUGUGAUGCAACAUGUGGUCCGGGAACAAAGACAAGAAGUGUCUACUGUGCUGUGGGAUCACAGAAAGUAAAUUCGUCAUUCUGUGCCAGGUUGAGGAGGCCGAACCUGAUGAAGAACUGCAGCCGCCGCGACUGUGUACAGUGGCAGGGAGGAGAGUGGAGCGAGUGUAAUAGCCAAUGUGCGAGUGGGUACCGAUUCCGCGAACUGGUGUGUAUGGAGGUGCCGCAUCGCGGACGAGCACCAAGGGUCAAGGACGACUCGCAGUGCAGUCACUUGGCGCCGCUCAAGAAGAUGGAGCGCUGCGGUAACGAUCACGCAACGUGUCCGAUCCAGUACAAGUGGCAUACCGGGCAGUGGAGCAAAUGCUCAUCGAAAUGCGGUCGUCGUGGCCAGCGGAUGAGAGAGGUUCACUGCUCCACAGAUCGGCGGACGAACUUGACGCUUGGCGUCGUCAAGUACACGACCGUGGACCCCAUCUACUGCAACAACAGCCGCGAUCUGGGUCCUCCGCCGGCCUCCAUGGAGCCAUGCAAUCGUCACAUCCAGUGCGAAGGUGUCUGGGUGAAGGGACGAUGGUCUCCGUGUAGUGUAACAUGUGGCUUUGGGAAACUAACGCGUUCUGUUACGUGUCAAAAACGAGAACCGGGGACGGAACAGAUGAGAGUGACGUCGGAGAGUGACUGCGACACUUCCAAGCGAAAGCCCCGGACCAUGAACACAUGCUCGCCUGGGGCUUGCGAGCAGACACCCUCAACUGGUGAACUAUGUACGGGUGACGACAAGAAUUUCAAGUCGGCAUGCCUGUGGGCACACGAGCGGCAUGUCUGCCACAUCAGCUACUUUCGGCAGUACUGCUGCGCCACAUGCAGCAGUGUGGCUUGAACAGUGCCCUCCCCCCUCCCCCCAGCCUGGAUCCGUCCACACCAGCAGGCCAUGGCUUCCUUGCUCUGAGAGCUGUGCACGCACGACGACAUCGUAGCCAAGUGUGAUUACACCAUUGCAACGGCCGGCAAAUUGCUUGUGAUGUUCGGACGUGGAGCUGCUGUACACGUGCGGAACAUUAACAGCAAGGAACUGCCAGACGGCGAGCAAAGCUGCACCCUGCCGCUCCGACUCGGACCCUACUCGACAAACUGGCGUGGAACAUGCCGGACAUGCCCUAAUACUGCGAGACUGCUGGCCCAACUCAGGCCUGCCUUGUAUUCUCACAAAAGACAUCAUCAUCAACAGCACCACACUACAAACCUACAUUGAUGAAAACACCUGGAACAACUGAACUGAGUACUGAAUCAAACAACUCUGGUCCUAUCCUAUUAUUAAACUCCACAAUCGACUCAAACAUUUGAUAUUUACUUGAGGUUAAAAAGGUGUAAUUUGAAUCCUCCACGGCAACCUCUGCCCGUGCCCAUUCUAAAGAAUAUCUGUUUACGUUUAUCGUAGCGACUGCGCCCAGUUGAGCACACAUUAUAAAUAACGCAUUUUCUCCGUCACUCUUUGCCUGUGCCGGACCAAGCAUUGAAUGCUAACUGACUGCAACGAA